AGGGGCAGCUUGUGGGGCCGAGGGGGCCUUCAAGGCGGUGAAGCGGCGCGAGCAAUCAGCCCCACUAAAAAGUUGGACGUUGCAAGUCCACGACGGCGCACCCAUCACGAGCACGGACAGCAAAGUCUAGGCCAUUGCCAACGCCUCUUCCAUAUUCAACAUCCCAUUCUCAGUUGCCUAGCAUUUUAACAGCUACCAAGUAUUAAGAGUCAAGCCAACCACCAUGGCCCCAACCGCGCCCCAACCCACAGGCCACAAACGAUUGACAGCGCGAGAGAAAGCGCGCAUGCGCCUGGCCGACCCCCUGCUUCCGCGCAAGCUGCACCGCGAGGACAAUGUGGUGUCGGACAGCUUCAUCAACUCGAAGCGCGACAAGCGACUGAUCAAGCACUCGGCCUUCGUGUCCCGCAUCGCCAAAGCCUCCUCCUCCACAUCAGCCAGUACCAACAAGAAGCGCAGGCGGCCAAACAAGAAGCUCAUCACAACCCUCGAGUCGCUGGGCGACGCGCUGGACGACAUCAAGCAGGCGAUGGACGAGCAACAGGCGGCUGGCGGGAUGAUGGACGAAGAGCAGGCGCGGCAAGGGAAGGUGCGGCACAAGAGCUUGAAGACGCGGCCCGGGGCGCUGAAGAGGAAGGAGAGGAUCGUGAAGGGGGAGAUGGAGCGGUUUGGGUGGAGUCUGGCGCAGCUGGCGAAUAUUGCGACUGUCUCUUCUGCUUCUUCUGCAGGAGCAACAACGAGCGGUGGUGCUGGUACUGGGGCAGGGAAGGAGACGAUGGACACAGAUGUUGAUGAGCGAGGGGAGAAAAGGGGGAAGGAGGCAGCAGAACAGGGGCAGGCAACACCCCAGCCGUCAACUACAUCGAGCAGGUGGGCGGCGUUGAGAGGGUUUAUCGCGGCGACGAUGGAGCAGAACCCUGCUUUCUUAGGCAAGACUUGAAUAUCAGGGGCUUUCCAACACCAAAGUGCCUUUAUAUCUGAAACAUCAGGUAUCCCUUCAUAAGGUUCUGGCCGGAACGUCUUGUCGGGGUAUCAAAUUGAACUGGACUGGUGCCACUUCUAUAACGGCUGUCCGCAACCCUUUGCCCACUCUUCUUUUCUUCUUCGUCCCAUAUUAGCUUAAAUAGCGGUUGUAGUUAUACCCAACCCCUUUAGAACCAAACUCCGGUCAGCUUAACCAAAACAGCCAGACCCAGCGCCUACCCGACGCCCCGUACUCCUCGAGAAUCAUGCACGUCAUGCUGAGCGCUGAACACUCG